AUUGCAGACAAUGUACAGCUUAAGGUGAAAAGAAGGUAUUGUUCAGUCAAUAACAAAAAAACCAAAUUCUAUUAUGGCUUCACCAGUUUGGUCCCUCCAACAACAAUGGUUAUUCAUUGUUCUGCCACUGGUUUUUACUACUGCUGCUACUAGUUGCUACUCUUCAAUCUUCAGCUUCGGAGAUUCCCUCACUGAUACCGGAAACUUGUAUUUCAUUUCCCAACCACAGAGCCCCGAUUGUCUGCUCCCUCCUUACGGUAAAACCCAUUUUCAUCAUCCCAAUGGACGCUGCUCUGAUGGCCGCCUCAUCGUUGAUUUCAUCGCUGAGUUUUUCAGGCUUCCAUAUUUGAAACCUUAUCUGGGUUUCAUAAAUGGUGGGAACAUUGAGCAUGGAGUGAAUUUUGCGGUUGCUGGAGCUACUGCGUUAGAUCGAAGUUUCUUUGAAGAGAAAGAGUUUGUUGUUGAAGUGACUGCAAAUUACUCUCUCAUUGUUCAGUUAGAUGGGUUCAAGGAAUUGUUGCCUUCUAUCUGCAAUUCUACUUCAAGCUGCAAAGGUGUUCUUCACAGCUCCUUGUUUAUUGUGGGAGAGAUAGGAGGCAAUGACUAUGGUUUUCCUUUGUUUCAAACAAGUGUAUUUGGAGAUCUUAUUACUUACGUACCCCGAGUAGUAUCUGUAAUCACUUCAUCAAUUAGGGAGUUGAUUAAUUUAGGUGCUGUCACGAUUUUGGUUCCUGGAAGUUUACCACUUGGAUGCAAUCCAGCCUAUUUAACAAUGUUUGCGACUAAAGAUGAAGAGGAGUAUGAUCAAGCUGGAUGUUUGAAAUGGUUAAACAAGUUUUUUGAAUACCAUAAUGAGCUGCUUCAAACCGAACUACAUAAGCUUCGAGUGCUGUAUCCUUUUACUAAUAUCAUCUAUGCAGAUUAUUUCAAUGCUGCAUUGCAGUUGUACAAAUCUCCAGAACAAUAUGGGUUUGAUGGAAAUGCUUUUAAAGUUUGUUGUGGAGGUGGAGGCCCUUACAAUUACAAUGAUUCAGCACUAUGUGGAAACUCAGAAGUGAUUGCAUGUGAUGAUCCUUCAAAAUAUGUUAGCUGGGAUGGAUAUCAUCUUACUGAGGCUGCACAUAGAUGGAUGACUGAGGCUUUAUUAGAAGGACCAUACACCAUCCCUAAAUUUAGUUUCUCUUGUCUUAGUAGUGAGUGAGACCUUUGCAGAUUUCAUCAACUAGUAACUACGCAAUGGAGAGAAAAAACAAUGUAUUUCUCUAUGUUAUUGUAAAAAAAUAAGUCAAACAAAAUAUUAAUCUGAGUGGUUGAAUCCUACCGUCCA